UUAAAGAAAAUAUACUUCUAUCGUAUAUUGUAUGAACGUGAUACAAAUAAUACUAUUAUUAAUAAUAAAAUUUACUCAUCAAGAAAUUGUUUCAUUGAUAUUCUAAAGUUAUAUAUAUUAAGCCAAUAGUUGCGUUUCAACUUAGGCUUUCAUUUUAUAACACAACAGGACCUUUUAAAAACUAAAUGUAGGGCGAGAAAAUGAUUGUCUAAUUGUCAAACUUAAACUUCAACUCGUACGUUUUUUGCAAUUCUCAGGAGUAGCUAUUUUUGUUCAUAAUUCAUAUUCUUCCCAGAUUUGAGUUGUUUAUAAGAAAUAUAGGAGAAUGUCUUCGUAUAAACCCAUUGAUUCUAAAAGAGAAGAAUUCCGAAGAUAUCUUGAGCGCGCCGGUGUUAUGGAUGCUUUAACGAAAGUUCUCGUGAGCUUGUAUGAAGAACCAGAUAAGCCGGAAGAUGCUCUAGAAUAUGUUAGAAAACAUUUGGGCACUGAUGGUGGAGAUGAUGAACUAGAGGCUGCAAGAGCCCGUAUUGCAGAACUGGAAGCUGAAAAUGCUUUGCUUAGGGGUGAAGCAGCGCCAACGGAAGGAUAAAUUUUGCUCAUUAUUAAUUACCUACAUACCUAAUAUACGAUGUUCAAUUAAAGAUCUCCUUAAAAUGAUCUCAUAUAAAAAUAUUCUUGUUAUUUCUAGAGAAAUAUAACUUAGUGUUAUGAUUACUGUGAGAGUAUUAUUUUGUUAUAAGUAUAUCUAAUUUGGCAGCGAAAGAAGUACUAUUAAAUUUUUUGUUCAAUUUAUAAUAUUUUUCUUUUA